AUGUACAAAGACAAGCUAACUAUUCCGGCUCCGAAAAUAGAGGAUCGUCAGUACACGAAACCGUUGCUUUGUAGUCCGGGACCAUGUGAUAUUUGGCCCUCUGUUGCUGAAGCUCUCACAAGACCAAUUCUAUCGCCAUUUUACGAUGAACUGUCUCAGGUGAUGUUUGAUAUCCGUGCUGGUUUACAAUAUUUGUUUCAAACCAAAAGUGAGCUGGUACUUGCUGUGAUUGGUUCGGGAAAUGCUGGAAUGGAAACUAUUAUAAGCAAUUUAAUUGGCCCUAAAGAAAAACUACUGCUAUGUAGCAGGGGUCAAUGGGACGAUCGAGCACUGGAGAUGACUAAAAGAUAUGGUAUCGAUACAUUUGUACAUCGAGUUCCAUUUACUGCUACCUUUAGCUUUACUCUUAUCGAGGACCUUCUGAAGAGAAUACGACCUAUGGCAGUAUAUAUCACUCAUGGCGAUUCAUCUACGGGUUCAGUGCAAAAAAUCGAAGGGCUCGGAACACUGUGUCAUAAAUAUGGUGCUCUCCUAUUAGUGGACACAGUGGUUUCUCUGGGCGGCGAACCGUUCUUCACAGAUGAAUGGGGCGUAGAUGGAAUUUGCACCUCUACUCAGAAAGGACUCAGUGGACCGGCGGGUAUUUCACCUGUUGCAUUCAGCGAGCGAGCCCAAAAAGUUAUUAAAAAGAGGAAUUUUAAACCACCUUUUUCCUUCGACGUUGAAUUAUUGGCUGCACAAUGGAACUGCUUUGAAGAUACUACAUAUCACCAUCACUCACUAUCCUCAUUAUCACCACCAUUGCUAUGGGCACUUCGAAGCUGUUUAAUGGAAAUAAUCAAGGAGACUCUGCCUAAGGUUUGGGCUCGCCACACUGAGACCACAGCAUACUUCCAUAAACGUAUUCAAGGUCUUCCUCUAGAAUUUCUAAUCCCCAAACCUGAAGACCGACUGGUGACUGUGACGACUGUGGUUCUGCCAAAAGAUUACGACCAUGUAGAGUUUGUGAAUUAUAUGAGAAAUAAGCACAACAUCCUAAUAUCCCUCGGGGUGGGGCCUACAGUUGGCAAGGCACUCCGUAUCGGCACCAUGGGCUUUAACUCUACUAAACAAGUGGUGGAUGCUAUAGUCGAUGCAUUAGCAGACACACUGGGCGCUCUUAAAAAGUCUUCUCUAUAA